UUUUUUUUUUUUUCUCGGGCCGCCCCGGCGGCUGCGUACUGGCUGUGGGAUGGGAAGUGAAGCCCCAGCGAGCGGCUGCGGCGGGGCUGUGCGGAGCAGCCAGCGGGAGGCGGCGGCGCGGCGGUGAGCAGCCGAGAGCUCGGAGCCGGGCGGAGGAAGCACCUGCAGGCACAGGCGGCGGCUCCACCAUGGCGAUUCGCAAGAAGAGCAACAAGAACCCGCCGCUGCUGAGCCACGAAUUCCUGCUGCAGAAUCACGCGGACAUCGUCUCCUGCCUGGCGAUGCUUUUCCUGCUGGGGCUUAUGUUCGAGGUAACAGCAAAAGUAGCCAUCAUCUUUGUUGCUCUUCAGUAUAAUGUUACCCGCCCUGCAACAGAAGAACAAGCUACUGAAUCAGCAUCCCUAUAUCACUAUGGUUUCAAAGACUUGGCUACAGUCUCCUUCUACAUGCUAGUGGCGAUAAUUAUUCAUGCCAUAAUUCAGGAGUAUGUGUUGGAUAAAAUUAACCGACGGAUGCACUUCUCCAAAACGAAGCACAGCAAGUUUAACGAGUCUGGUCAGCUCAGUGCAUUCUACCUUUUUGCCUGUGUGUGGGGCACGUUCAUUCUCAUCUCCGAAAACUAUAUCUCAGACCCAACUAUCCUGUGGAGGGCCUAUCCCCAUAACCUGAUGACAUUUCAGAUGAAGUUUUUCUACAUCUCCCAGCUGGCAUACUGGCUCCAUGCAUUCCCUGAACUCUACUUCCAGAAAACCAAAAAAGAAGAUAUUCCUCGUCAGCUCGUCUACAUUGGCCUUUAUCUCUUUCAUAUUGCUGGAGCCUAUCUUCUGAACUUGAACCACCUGGGCCUUGUUCUUCUGGUGCUGCACUAUUUCGUUGAGUUUCUUUUCCACAUUUCUCGUCUAUUUUAUUUUAGUGACGAGAAGUAUCAGAAAGGGUUUUCUCUCUGGGCAGUUCUUUUUGUUUUGGGAAGACUUCUGACUCUAAUUCUUUCAGUUCUUACUGUUGGUUUUGGUCUCGCAAGAGCGGAGAAUCAGAAGCUGGACUUUAGUACUGGAAACUUCAACGUGUUGGCUGUUAGGAUCGCUGUUCUCGCGUCCAUUUGCAUCACACAAGCCUUCAUGAUGUGGAAGUUCAUUAACUUCCAGCUCCGGAGGUGGAGGGAACAUUCUGCCUUCCAGGCCCCGCCUGUGAAAAGGAAACCGGCCGUGACCAAAGGCAGGUCUUCCAGAAAAGGAACAGAGAACGGUGUGAACGGCACAGUCACAUCAAAUGGAGCAGACUCGCCUCGGAACAGGAAAGAGAAGUCUUCGUAAUGGAUCGGAAACUGACUGAUUAAUGUCCCCCAAAGAUUCUGCUUUCUACUCUAUCUUUCAGCACUAGCAAUUUUUCUUUUCUUGAAAAUACAGUUUAUGCUCUUUGAUUUUUGCUGUUGUACUGUUCCUGCAUCGUAAAGGGCAUUUGAGGGGAGGAUGAUUACUCUGAGUGAGAACAUAUUUUAGCUUAGACUCAGCUACCUGCCUUCAAAAUAGUUUAGGGACCACCUUUCUUUUCUCUUCUUUUCUCCUCUUUUCUUUUUUUUUUUUUUUUUCUUUUUGGGUUUGGUUUGGUUGUUUUUGUUUUGUUUUGUUUUGCUUUGCUUUGCUUUUUGUCCUUAAUGGUUUUUUUUGUUUUUUUGUUUUUUUUUUUUUCCUAAUGGUUUGGGGAGAAACCAUUUACAAACCCCUACAUAACCAGUGAACAUUUUUCUUGCUCUCACCAAUUUUUUUACAAUAUUAUAGCAAGGUGACCUGUUCUAAGAAGGUCAUAUUUUUUAAGUUGUCUUCAGGGUAAAAUGGAAAUACUAUAAAGUCAGAUGUCAAACUUUUAAUGUUUUCAGUGUUCUCUGAUUUUUAGGAAUUUUUUGUAGCCUUUACACCUGAAAAAAAAUUUGUAAAAAUCACCAAAAUAAUUGUGUGCUUUAUUUUCUAAGUUGUGGCUGUACAUGUUACAUCCCAUUAAAAAGUACUGAUAGCUACUGCAGGAUUUAUUGCCAUCUAUUGGAGUAGGUGUCUUAUUAACAUAAGGAAGUGAAGUACUUAGCAAGUGAAGUGAACUUUUUGUGCAUCUUCAACAUUUAUCAACUGGCAAUCAGAAAAUGUUUAUUGUGAAAAGGAAUAUUCAACUUACAUAGCCCUUUUUGAUAUGUUAAGUAAUAAUUCUUAACGGGGCUUGUUGUAAGUUUGAUAUGCAUAGCAUCUUAAUGAGAUUCUACUUAACCUGCAAGCCCUUUUAAAAAGUAAUGCCUACUUGAUUUCUAUCUAUUAAAAAGAAAAAGGGAUCAGGUAAUUAUGUUUGGGAAACGAAUGCACUAACUUUAAAGAAAUUGAAAAUCCAGGCGGAUAGUCUUAACAGAGGCAUGCUUUAUGUUAUGUUAGAGCUUUGGACCCAUCUUUAAUUGAGAAAUGUUUAUCUAUAUAAAACAUAUUUUUUGAUAAAUAUAUAUAUAUAUUUGUAUCUACAGAAAGGCUCUGAAAAGCAUUUGAGUAAAAUCUUGGUCCCCUUUUCUAUGCUUGUCCUCGCACCCUGCGCUUGGUCUGUCCACUGUUGUUCAGCACAUACAUGCUCCAUCGUUUCUCACUCUGUCACCAGCUAAAAAAUGUCCGUGCCAUGUUGACUAUAGAAGCCACAAGCCUCAGGUCUGUGGUUAAGUUGCCGUGCUGCUAGAAAGUCAUGCUUUCUCUUCUCCAGCCGCUUACCUGCUUCCUGGGAAAGUAGUCGCUCUCUGGAGCAGUACCGAGUUUCAGUGGAACCAAAUUUCUGCCCUUAAAACUGGCAUCAUAUUGAACGAUACAUUGAGAAAUCAAUCGAAAUAAACAAUUUUUACUUUCACAA